CGCCGCUACGCCGCGGCGUUACCGGAGCGCUAGAGUGAGGGGUGUAGCGCGACAAACCCCGCGGGGGUCAGUCCCCGGGCUGGGCGUGCCCCGCGGCCUGCGAGCGGGCCGCGCCUCAGCCUCCGCGCCCCGCGCGGCCGGGAUGUGGUAGUAUGGAGCGCGGGCUCGCUGGAACCUCUCCUCUUCCUUCGUGGGGGCUGGGGACCGGACGGUCAGUAGGCUGAACAGGGCUGGAAAACGCCGGAUCCCCAGUCAGGGUGUGCAGCGGGUGAUGUCGCUGUCGCGACAGCCCCCGGGAGCGCUUGCGGCCUAGUGUGAGAACGGCAGCCGCUGGCGAGGCGUCAGGCGGAUUGGCUUUUCCUCAGCGAUGCUCGAGGAUGCUGCCGAGCAGAGCUGGAUUUGGAGCGAAAGCAAAAUGGCUCGAGGACGCAAGAGCAAUAGCAUCAAACAGAGCGACUUCACUAACAGCACCAACCCCCAGGACUUAGAGAGAAGACUUUUUGUCGGCAAUUUGCCCACAGACAACAUGACUCGUGAAGAAAUGGAAGAGAUCUUUGCAAAAUAUGGCAAGAUCAGGGCCCUCAGCAUGUACCAUGGCUAUGGGUUCGUGCAGUAUGACCGCCUGGAGGACGUCCAGGCCGCUCUGGAAGGGGAGAAGGGCCGCCUUUAUAAAGGGUAUAGAUUAGAUAUUAAGCAAGCAGUGGAAAGAAGAAAUAUGAGUAAGGCUUCAUCAAGGUCCAGCCCGGCACGAAGGGAGCCGUUUGCCUACGGGGACGGCCGAGAUGCCAGGCGUGACCGCUCCCCGCUGCGGGGCAGCCCGCACAGGGACGGCCGGGACGGCCGGAACGGCCGCGACAUCAGAGACCCUCGAGACAUGCGAGCUAGAGACAUGCGUGACCACAGGGACCCACGGGACCUGCGAGACCCUCGGGAUGUCAGGGACCCGCGAGACCUGCGAGACCCUCGUGACAUGAGAGACCUUCGGGACCCUCGUGAGCCCUUCUACGAUCGAUACAGGGACCCGCGGGACAUGAGGAACCCACGAGAUGUGAGGGACCCGCGGGACAUGAGGGAUCCAUGGGAUAUGAGAGACCCUCGGGACCCUCUGUACAGGCGAGAGGAAUCUUACGACCGCUACCUUCGCCUGGACGACUACUACCGGCGCAAGGACGAGCCCUGCUACGAGCGCUACAAGGAGCCCUUCGACAGGGCGCCGGGGGGUUCGGAAGACCGUCUGAAGCGGGAGGAGCGGCGCCGGGAGGAGCUCUACCGGCAGUACUAUGAGGAAAUCAAGAGGCGCUUCGAUGCGGAGAGGCCUGUGGACUGCUCUGUCAUAGUGGUGAAUAAGCAGACAAAGGAGUAUGCGGAGUCGGUGGGGCGCAAGGUGCGGGACCUGGGCAUGGUGGUGGACCUCAUCUUCCUCAACACAGAGAUGUCCCUGACACAAGCCCUGGAUGAUGUGAGCAGAGGAGGAUCUCCUUUUGCCAUUGUCAUCACCCAGCAGCAUCAAGUUCAUCGCUCUUGCACGGUUAACAUCAUGUUUGGCACCCCACAAGAGCACCGCAACAUGCCCCAGGCUGACGCCAUGGUGCUGGUGGCGAGGAACUACGAGCGCUACAAGACGGAGUCUCGGGAGAAGGAGCGGGAGGAGAUCGCCCGGCAGGCUGCCAAGAUGGCAGACGAGGCUGUGCUGCAGGAGCGGGAGCGCCCUCCCCCCUUGGAGGAGGGGGUCAGAGGAGGGCACCCCCCAGGCAUCCAGACGCUGCUGAACCUGCUGGCAGACAACCGCUACCUCACCGCCGAGGAGACCGACAAAGUCAUCAACUACCUGCGGGAGCGCAAGGAGCGGCUGCUGAGGGGCAGCUCGGAGCCUCUGCAGGCACCCAUGUCAAGACAGUCUUUAGGGGCACCUUCAGGAUCAUCUCUGGGUGGUCAGUCCAGCCUUCCAAGCUCUCAGGCUCAUCAGGGUUCACAGCCUCUGGCCUCUGCUCCAUCUGUGCCAGUGUCCUCUUCUACUCCCCAGCAGGAGCUUCAAGCAAAAAUCCUCAGUCUCUUCAACAGCGGAGCGGCAGCAGCCGCGGUGGCCAACAGCAGCCCUGCAGCCUCUGCAGGCACGGCAGGUGCCACUCCCAACCAGAACUUUGCCGGCGUGGCUGGCCCUCAGGCCCGGCCACCGCAGAUGGGUGCUGGAAAUUUAAACCAGGCUCAGCAGAGGUUGCAGACUCCGAGCACUCAGCUUCCUGCUCUCCAAGGCCCUUCGAGAAAUCCAGGUCCAAGGCCUGGAGCUCCCCCACCACCUCAGCCGCUCUAUGGUCAGCACCAAAAUCGCCUGCCAGCACCUGGCAACAUACCUGCUCAGAGGCCAGUAUCUUCUGGUAUCAAUUUUGACAACCCCAGUGUACAGAAAGCCUUGGACACCCUCAUCCAGAGCGGUCCUGCACUCUCCCACCUUGUGAGCCAGACCGUGGCCCAGGGGCGAGCAGGGCCCUCAGCCCAGCAACCCAUGGGCUCCUUCCAGCGGCACUACUAAAGCUGAGCAGCCAGGCCCUUUCCCCUCCCCUUGGCCAUUCCACACUUAGAGCUGUUUGAAAAGUCUCCUGGCCCUGGCACAGAACAGAUACCCCUGGAUUUGCAUGUCCUUUCCUCUUUGGUGAGGGUGCCCCUGGUGCUGCUGAGUGCUGCCAGUGCUGCCCUGCCUCUGCCCAGGCUGCUGAGUGGUGCCUGGAGGAGCACGCUCUGCUCUCGGCAGCACAAUGUGCUAGCAGCUGCUUUGGCUCGUGGGCUGUUUUGUGCAGUGCCAGCAGCUGCUGCAGUGACAGUCCCCCUGCAUUUCCUCACCCCCAGCAGCUGGAGCCAUCCUCAGGUCACAGUGUAGUCUGGUCUUGCCUGUCUUAGCAAGGUGUCAGGUUUUGAGGAAGUCAGGGCUGCACAGUGGUACACUGAGGGGCCUCCAUGGAGACCCAUCCCUGGAAUGGGCACUGCUUUCCUUUGGGUUUCUUUAUGUCUUUUUCCAAGGGCAUGUGGAAGGUGCAGUGGUGGUGCUAGCAGCUGAGCUCAUGAAGCAGAUGCCUGACCACUACUUGGUAACCCAGGUCCAUGCCUCGGAUCCUUCCGUGGGUCCCGGCAGGGUGAGGCAGAGAAACCCUUCGCACCUCACCCAGCUGAUGGAAGCCAGCAGCUUUGGUCCAAGCGCUGUGGCAGAGCUGAAACACAAAGAGCUUCCAGCCAGGCCCAAGAUUUCAGAUGGUCUCUCAGUUUCCCUACCCCAGGGCCAUCAGUGUUAAGGUAACUCGGUUCAGUUUAGCCCUUUCAUUUCCUCCCUCACCACCUCCUCGUGGAACGGUUGGUUACUGGGGCCCAGCAGCUCCUGAGCUGCCACUCCCUUGGAGCACCAGCAGCCAGGUGCCCACGGUGAGUGUCUGCCCGUCCCCUCGCUGUCAGCUGGGGUUGUCUCUCUGAGGUGCAGGGGCAGUGCCAAGAUGCAAUACCACCAUUUUGUACAUAUUUUUUCAACACUUUGGUAGCUGCAGCAGGCAGCUGAGUGGGAAAUCAGGCAGUGAUUCCUCACUGUUUUUAGCCAGAAACUCUUUGAUACCAGCACUCGGAGCAGCUCUGAGCUCUGCUCCCUGUCACAGCAGCACCAGAGUCCGUGGGCUCCCCGCAGGACUGAUGGGCAGCAGGAGAGCAGCGUGCUCGGAGCAGAGAUCUUCCCUGUCCCCGGUGGUUUGUGUUGUAGCAUUUUUUUUUUCUCUGUGUGCUGUUUAACAGGAGGACAUUACUUUCUAAUAAAAAGGCAGG